AUGGUCCCACUUCCGCCAGAGUUUAGUAAAUCUGAGCUGGUGUCACGUGAGGGCGCACACCUGCCACUUAUUUGCAGGUGCAAAGAAAUGAACUCCGUAAAAUAUUCGUUCGUUUUUUUCAUUUUGGUGCCUUAUUCGUUUGGACUAUGCUUUGAUAUGUCGUUCUCAAUAUGUUGGGCAAGCAAUGAGGAAAUUCUGGAAAGACAAAGUGGGAACCUAUGGCUCAAUGGCACAUCUUUAAAAUCUAUCAUGACUUCUGGCAAAGUUACCUCCCUUACAGUGUCUCCGGUUGUAGAAAACAAGCUUGUACUUCAGUUUGGAGACUCUAUCCUAAGGUGGACCUUAACAGUCAGCCCACGUACAAAGACUAUUAAAAUCACAGGCCAACAGAGACCUCUUGAGUAUCCAACAAAUACCACAAAGGGAUUCCUGCAGCUGCUGAGUCAAGAUGAGGUAUAUGCUUGUGAAGGUGGAACAACGUAUCUCCACCAGGAUGAGGGCUUCUUCCUUGCAGUUGGGCACACUUUGCGCUUCCCUGUCAAGCUGGAGUCCAGAAGUCCAUCCAUGCUGCUGGUCUCCUGGAGGGAGAAUCGUUCAGAUAUUUCCACUUAUUCGCUCGCCCUGUACCACAUUGAAAUGGGAACUUACAACGCAUUCAGCUUGGACACAACCCCCCUCAACCACCAUCGCUUCUCUGCUUUGGAACCAUGCAGCCACUAUGUUUUCUGUGUGGAGGCUUCAGACGCUCAUACCCUCACAUGUCUCUCAACUCUUACUGACCCGGACAUUCCAAAGGACUUCAUAGUUGCGUCGUGGAACAGCAGCAGUAUUUCACUAGCCUGGGACUGUCCUGUGAACCUGAAGUAUUCACUCUUCCUCCUCACGGCCUUCUACCUGAAUGGUACAGACCACGUCGCUGAGGAGGUGGAAUUGUGGCUCACAGAUGAUAGCUUUACAUUCAUCUUGUCCGAUCUGCAGCCCUGCACCAGGGUGAAGUUUGGCCUGCAGACUGUUUGCCAGGCUGGGCUGGAGUCCCGUUACAGCCAGAUGGUCCUGAAUGAUGGAAACUCUCUCAACUCUAACAUUGAAAUCCUGCAUCAGACGUUAUAUGGCCCUUACAACUAUACUCUUAGAUGGGAGAUGAAAAACACUUCGAUAGUCUCGGCGUUCCGAGUUUACCACGAGGGGGUGCUGCAGGGCUCUACGCACUUCAACAACUACACUGUGAGGGGACUGCUGCCAUGCCACAAGUACCAGGCCAAGGUGGAGGCAUUGUGUGGAGACAGGAAUGAGAUAAUGAAUGCCAGGAACAUCAUGGCUCACACAGGACCCCGUGGCAUAUCUGAGCUAAGGUACCGCUCUAAUGACUCUACUGCUGUGUGGACACCUAGCAUCAUGCAGCCAUCUAUGGCCUACAUCUAUGAGCUAUCCCACAAGAGUGGCCCCAUAAUCCAGAGCAGCCGUGUGUCCAAGACGGAGCUGCCCCUUCCAGACCUUGAGGAGGGAAAAUCUUAUAUCCUCGAUGUAUGGGAAGAAUGUGAGGGCCAGUGGGAGUCUGAGCCAUCUCAUUUGUACUUAGAAGGAGCCAAUUCAACUUUUGAGAUUCAUGUUAGAGCUGCCGAUUCUGCCAUGGACCAAGAUCUACAAUUAAAUUUUGACAACAUGGGUCUCACAUUGGUUGUGCCGUGGUCACUGCCCGAGGACAUACGGGAUCAGUCAUCAGAAUCUCAAGCUAAACUGGUGCCAAUCUUCAAAGAAGAGCUAAAGGAGCUGUUGAAAGACUUCCACCAGCCAGCCCACAUUGACCUGGACUUCUUUGAACUUGCAAAUGAGCCAGACAAAACCGAGAUUUUGCUUCAGUUUUAUGAUGCCUCCAAAAGUAAAGAAAAUGUACCACUGCCUGUUAACGAUGUGAUGGAUUACCUUAACUCCCUAAAUAAUCCCAACAUCAGCAUUAAAAAAGGAGUUGUCUACUGGGAAGGUCUUGCCAUGUGUGCAUCCUCCAAACAACCUUUAUGUCCUCUCAAUUCUCUCUGCAUCAACACGCUUGGCUCACACUUGUGUGUGUGUAAACUUGGUUACUAUGAUGUUGGCGCCAUCACUGAUCCUAAUGCUGCUUCACAACCAGUUUGUAAAGAGAGAGGUCUUUUCAGUCAGUGUCUGGAUAAAGUGAUGACAGGCGGAAUAGCAAAAGCUUACUUGACUUCUCACUUCAAGGGAGAAGUUGAGGUAAAGUUAAAUGAUGACCAGUGCACCGUGAAUGAGACUGAGAUACUUUACUACUUCCGUACCUCACCCAAAUCAUCCGAGUGUGGAACAGAAAAACAGGUCAAUAAAAGCCACAUCAUUCUCAAAAACUCUCUGAGAAUCAGUUUGUCCAAAGAGAAAACGAUUACCCGACGGGACCUAAAAGUUGUCUGGGAGUGCAUCUACCCACGACAUUACGUCCCCAACACUCAAGUCAUAACAGAUAUGGAGUGGCUCUCAUCAGUGUCUUUGGUGGAGUUCAACUCGUCACUACAGCUGGGUCUGGCCAUGACGCUGUAUAAGAACGAGUCUUAUGCACACAGCUACAGGGAGGCCAUAGGCCUGGGGUUUGAGGACACCCUCUUCUUCCAGGUAGCCCUGCAGACAAAUGGCUCCUUCGCCUCCGACGUGCUCCUGCAGGUGGACUCAUGCUGGGCAACAGAGAGCACCAACCCGCUAGAUCCUGUCCAGGCUCUAAUUCUGGAAGACGGCUGUUCCAUUGACAACACGUUCCAUUGGCUCUCUGUCAAUGGUCAGGCACAGAGAAGCAGGUUUUCUGUACAGAUGUUCACCAUGCCAAAGGGCCUGCCCAUCUACUUUCACUGCCUGACCAACAUAUGUGCACAUGAUGAAGACUGCACUAAGAAUUGCUCUAUCCAGCCGCGCAGCAAAAGGUCAGUGAACCAGACGGACCGGAGAGGAAAAGAAGGUGCUGUGGUGUCUGCUGGGCCUCUGAUAGUCUACAUGAGGGUUAAGCUUGCCCAGCCAUCUUCCUGGCCAGAGCACACAACCAUGAUCUUUAUUGUGGCAGCAUCAAUAAGUUUUUUGGGGAUUACGGUGGUCUCACUGAGCGCAAUCAAAGCAGUCAUGAUAUACUAUGAACGACUACGACUGGAAUAAAAAUGUUUUGGGGAACA